AUGUUCUCAGUUCUCACCUUCUACAUACAGAGUGGGGUGCAAGUAUCCAAGAAAGAUACAGGAAAUGAUCUAACAAGACCAAAGAAACUAUGGAGAGUCAAAGAAAAAGAUCUGUAUUAUGGGAGAUUCGUUAAGGUACUACAUAGUGCAUGUAGACCCUUUUUAAAAUGGACAUUGGCUCAGAAUGGUUUGGAUACAUUAUGGCAUGACUUUUUUGAGCUACUGUAAAUUUACACAGUUACUCAAAAUUAAGUACUGUUUAAUAAACGAGCAGGAGUGUUUUAUUAGGUUUAAAGCCACGAGCGCGCAGCGCGAGUGGCUUUAGACCUAAUAAAACACGACCUGCGAGUUUAUACUAAUGAGGGCACGGCUACAAUAGAUACUGCCUUAUUAGUAUUCUUUAUAUAAAGAAUACUAUUUAGGAUUGUUUUAUCAGGUUUAAAGCCACUGCACGUGACAUAUUAUGGUUGACAUGAUUUGCCAAUAAGCUUAUGAAUUAUUAAUGAGUGUUUGAAGUGCACUUAAUCAUUAACUGCAUUAAACAGCAGCAAUAAUUUACUUAGACAGCCAAUCUGAAUCAUGUACCAGAAACAUGUGAAUUAGUAAUAUGCCAAACAUUGUAUAAUGCAAUACAGCCUAUUGUUGCCUUACUCUUUAAAAUAACUCUUUCUAAUGUCGUACACUUUCAUGCGUGAAGAGAAUAGUGUUGUGUAUAACAAGGAGGAAUUUCGUUCUCGACCAAUUAAUGCAUUUGUUGACAUUUUCGCUCUAAGCCAAUCAGAAUGCGUAAUUGGUUACUACUUCCGGUAAAAACACACAUUUGAACAGAAAAUAUAGGGUCUUAAAUAAAGCUUCGAGGGGUCAGGUUUUGAUUUGAUUUAACGUGACAAGGUACAAUAAGAAAUUUUAUGAGAAUUGGCCGCUGGGAUUUGCGUUUUAUUGCCUAGUUUUAAAGUUAUCGGCAUUCGAACAGCGUCGUAUAAAAAGUGCGUAAAGGCCAUGUUACAUGGUGCAAUUUUUCUUGCAAUUCUACUCUUGAGGGAUGUAAAAUUGCCAAGUACGAGUCUUCAUUACACUCCGCUGAUGUUUUCUCAACAUAUCGAAAAUUCUUCACUGAUUUCACUGGUUGACAUCUCUCAAGAGUAGAAUUGCAUUGCAAGUUGCAAGAAAAAUUGCACCGUGUAACAUGGCCUUAGUUCGAAUGCCGAUAAUUUUAGAACUAGACAAUAAAACACAAAUCCCAGCGGCAAAUUUUUAGAAAAUUUCUUAUUUUACCUUGUCACGUUGAAUCCAAUCAAAAAAUUAAAAAUCCUGACCCCCUCAAAGCUUUGUUUAAGACCUUAUAUUUUCUUUUCAAAUGUACGUUUUUACCGGAAGUGGGAUUCCUGUGCUCGCGGGGAAACUACCUACAAUAACCAAUUACGCAUUCUGAUUGGCUUAGAGCGAAUUGUCAACUAAUGCGCUGAUUGGUCAAAGAACGAAAUUCCCCCUUGUUGUUGUGUAUUAUUAGGGUAACCAGAUUGCCUGAUAAGUGAUACUGUGAUCACCAUUAAGCCAUACAUGUACCCUGUUUAGUUACGUUAUUAUUUACCCUUCCCAUGAUCCAUAAUGUUUCUGCUACAAUGGGAAACUGUUGGGUGUUCUGUGCAUGGCAACCUGAUAAAAUUUUCUUUUCAACUAAAAAUUGAAAUCACAGUAACUUAUUAACAUUAUUUAUAUUUUAAAAAAAUAUUGCUGUUGACCAUGUCAUCCACCAUUACAUACUUCCACUUUACAAAUUUUAAAAUUUUAAGGCCAACAAUGAUGUAUCUGUCGCAUCCAAGUCUGAAAAUCCUAAACUACCAACCAAGUAAGUGUAUCCAAUGGAAUUUUUUCUCUAUAGUAUUCAAACCUUAAGGUGGACACACUCAACGUACAGUAGUAGACGUUUUCAUGCUGAAUUUGUUGGCAAUAUGUUGGCAGGCUUUCUUAAUCCAUCGAGUCUAUAGUGUUACUAAAUAGCUUCUGUUAGUCCGUUUCGGGUGCUCUGUUUGAAACUUCAUGGUGCAAAUUAAUUAACGGCCUACAAAUGACAAAUUGUCAUACAAGAGAGCAGUUGUACUGCAGGCAAAAAAAUUAGCGGCCUACAAUUUCAUGGAAAAAUUUGGUAGGCUAACUUUUCAAUCAGUUAUAAAUGCUUUCAUGCUUUGUCAGAUAAAUUUCUUGCAGCAAAAGAAAAACCAACUAAACAAUCCAAAUAAUUGAAUAUUAGAAAAUUUAUUUUGUUCAAAAAUUGAAAUUUGUAGGUCGAAACCAGCAUGACCUAUAAUUUUAAUUUGCACCCUGAACUUGUCAUUAAGUGUUUACAUGUAUAAGCCUUCUAGUAUAUUUUAAGUGUACCGUCUGACCCAAAAACGUUAUUGCAGGAAACCAAGUAAUUGAAGUAAUUUAAGUGUACUUGAUUUUGUUAUCAGAUUUUCUGAUGAGGAACUAUUGAAAGCUUGUGGUGGACGAACGGCUCAUAAGUAAGUCUAUUCUAAAACUGUUUGAUGUGUAAAAGCCAGUUGAAUAAUAUUAAGUUACUUUCCAGCUAUUGCCUUGUCAGUCCUUGAAUAUAUCUGGUUCAGUUGAACGAGACAGAAAUGGAAGGUGAAUUCAUAACAUGCAAAUUUGGAAAGUGUUUCAAUCGGCAGAGUACCAGAUAGUUUGACGCACGAUCCUACGUCGAAUUGUCUGGUACUUUGUUAGUUGGUUCAUAAAACACUUUCCAAACUUGCGCCCUAUGAAUUCAAAUCGUGUUUUGAACCUUCCAUUUUUGUGUGCAUUUCAUGUUGCUUUUAAAAACAACCUUUCUGAACUAAGCAGUUACAUUUUCAGAUUAAUUUCAGUAUUAGGAAUAUCAGAAGAUCCCAAAAUAUCUAUGUUCACAGAAAUUGUUAGCUUAAUGAGCAUUUUAACAAUAGUUAACUUUUUUAUACAUUCUGUAAUUACAUAUGGUUUGCAAUUUACGUAAUAUCCACAAACUUAACACUUUAAUUAACCUUGAAAUUUUAAGGUCUGCUCGACAUGGUCAUAAGCUUAAUGGAAAGUUAAAGAGAGUUACUGAGCAAGAAGAUCAACGGUAAGUUUCCCUUCAUGAGAUUCUAUCUUAUAAAAACCUAAACUACACAUGUAAAACGCACAAGCUGUUACAGGUCUGCAGAAAAGUUGUUACAAAUCUGUUCGCAAGCUGUCGACAAGUAAUGUUCGCAGGGCUCAAAAUAAUUGAAGAUAGGUCUCCGGUCAAAAUGACCAGUCAGCUUGAUUUUAGCUCGGUCAAAAUCUGUUUUUGAGCCGUCAUUGAUACGCUUACACUAACAGUGAAACAAACUAUUAGAAACUUGUUUCGAUAUAUCAUAGUUUCAUGUUUUAAUUCAAGACAUCAGCAAUCGCAUUGAAGGCAUGAAAAUGUGGCCUGUCAAAAUGACCUUUGAGGUAAAAAAGUGACCGCUCAAGAGGCAUUUUUAAUAGGGACUUUAAGAUUGACGUUUACGACAAACCACUAACGGCAAAAGGCAAACUUCAAAUCGUAUUUGAAAGUAUAAAUGUCCACAGUUUCCACAGCAAAAAGUAGCUAAUUCAUGCUCCAAUUUUUGUGCACAAAUUACGAUUUUUAACCUUACGGGUACAACUUGCUCACUCUUCCAAAUGAUGUCCGCAAUAUUUUUGGUAAAUAUAUACAAGAAAAAACGAAGCCAUAGGGCGGCGGCGGAAGCUCGUGGGCCGUAACGAUUCGUGAACUAAGCAAAACCCCAAUCCAAUACAAUGUAAAAAUAGUUUAUAAGUCACAGAAUGCUUCUUGCACUGUAGUUUCUUCACAUGAUCCUGACAAGAAUGCAGAUUAAUAUGUAUUUUACAUAUACAUGUCUUUUAAUAUCACCUACAGGCAUCCUUCAGAAAAGCCAUAUGUCAAAAGAAGGAAACGCUCAAACGAAAACGUUUCGUUAAUACCAAAGCCCAUUGAUGGUGAAACUGGUCAUGAUUCUUUUGCCAGCGGCGCUCACAGUGAAGAGAUUAAGAAACUAAACCCUUUGGGAAAUGAAACAAUUCAGUCAAAACGUUCGGAUAAAAAACAAAAACAUGAUACAGAGGAAAAUCUAUGCAGUAUUUCAAGAAUACACUCCGAAGUAAAGGAAGAGAUAAACUCAAUUGAAUGCAGUGAGGGUGAAGGUAAAUAUGUCAAAAGAAAGAAACGUAAAAGGAAAGCAAAAAAGCUGGCGAAAAAACAGAAAUACAACAAGGAUUGUGAACUUGAAAACGAGGAAGGAUAUAAAGUAGACAAACAGGACGAAAGAUGGAUAAGUGAGUUCCAAGAUGUUUCGGAUGGUCACGAAAGCAAUUCAGUGAAGGAGGCAAAUUUUGACAAGAAUAGAAUUAGGAGAAAAAGAACCAAAAAUAAGAAAAAGAAAGCAGAGAAGGGAUCCGCCAGCAAAACAUGAAACUCCCAACAAUGAGAAGGCAUGUUCUCAGGAUACUGAAGACUAAAGACUAAAGAAAAUGCAAAUACUUUUAUAUGAAGAAAGUGCAAAUGUCUUGGUAUAUACGUCUUAUGAACGAUAGCUCCAUGUGUGGAAAAUACAAGGUUAAACAGCAACAUACAUUUUAUAGUCGAGGAGAAAUAUUGCAUCGUUUAUUGGCAAGGUGUGGUAAGUGAAAUGCCCAAUAGUUUUACUUAAUGCACAUAGCGAAUUUGGCAAUUGUUGAUCAAACUAUAUUAUUAGGUGUUUGGAAAGAUUUAAUGAUAAGUUUUACAGUAGCAAGGUUACUUUUGCAUCUUAAUUCCGUGUCUACAGUUUCAAUUUCUAUGUUUGCAGAGGCUUAUGCAAACCGUCAAAAUGUUGGGAGAACUCAAGAGCAGCUUGAGGUUAGCAUAAGACGACAUUGCAAACAUAGAAAAGUACCUUUAUUCGCUUAAGAAAACAAAGAGUUAUUGACGAUUUUGAAACAAAAACAAUUCGCUAAGAAUUUAUAUCAAAGUAUUUGUUCUCGUAGUUCGAUGCAUUUUUUCAUGCAAUCUGUCUCGCAUAUUGCGUUGUUGAGGUGUUACAUUGAGUAAUUGAAUUUAUGGAAAAUGCAAUGACCGUUAGUACCAAUAGUGUACUAAUCUAAUGCAGGAACGUCACGAAAAUACAGUCACCAUCGUGUCGAAAACACUUUUCAUUUGUUUUAUUCCCAUCUGCACCUUUGUGUGUAAUGGUACGGGUAAUUCAUAAUUUUUGCUGUUGUUGCUAAACAUGUGAAAUAUAAGGCUGUUUACCAAGACGUUCCCAUUGAUACUAUUGAAUAAACAUUUGCGAUGAGAGAUAAUAGAAAACCUCUCAGUAAGUAGACAUUGCGAAACUGUUGCAAAAAGGUAUGUUAUAAGCCGUCAUGCUGAAAAGUUGUUGCGAUCAUUGGCAAAACCGACUUCUACUGUGUGCAACGCUUUAAUGCAACUUGCCUCAGAAGUAGUUAGAUCGAAUGCUAGAUGGUUUGCCAGCAAAUUGAAGUCCCGUAAAUGAAAUGAAAUUUUGAUAAGAACUGGUUGAGGCGGGUUAAAGGAUGGGUUCCGCAUUGAUAGGGAAUGCAACUUCCCAAAAGGGAAGUUAGCACCGGAAAAUUACAUGAGCUUUUAUACUAGUGAAUAUAUGAAAGCGAUCACGUGACAAAAAUAAAACAAUCAGAUGGAUUUAUUCAAAACAAAGUGUAAAAAAAUAUAUAUAAAUCACAUACAGAACAUAUUAAUACAAAUAUACAGCAAACUACAACAAAUUAAAAAACCCAAAAAAUAUAUGAAACAAGACGCCUACUCAGGCGUUCACUCCGCCUGCCGGCCUGCGGAGAAAGUGGGGACAAUGUAGGGUGCGACGGAAAAGUGAAGCCAAAUAUAAGCAUUCAAAGACAAGUUGGUGUUCAUAGCAUUCAAAGAUAAGUUGGCAUUCACGGCAUUCAAGGUUAAGUUGGCAUUCAUGGCAUUCAAAGGAGCAAUGGCAUUUACACGCUUCUUUGAAUUUCAUAAGAAAGUGCCAUAACCUAUAAGAGAC